UGCAGAGGCUCAGGCCGAGAUAGCCGGAGCUUCCGAAAAGUAUUUGAUGCUUAACAGCCCGCUGCACCUGGAGUGCAUGGUCCGGCAGAGCCCUGUAGACCCGGUGUAUAUAUUCUGGUAUCAUGACAGCCGAAUGAUCAACUACGACAUCGACCGAGGAGUGAACGUGACUUCUGACCUCCCAAACAAGCAUAGCGAUCUGUAUAUCGAGCGAGCAUCCCGCGAACAUUCCGGAAACUACACAUGCAUGCCGAGCAACGCGUUCCCCGCCAACACGGUGAUACACAUACUCAACGGUUAGUACUGACCAUCAUCAGAAAAUAUUAUAUUAUCUAAAAACUAGACGGGAGACAAGUCUAAACAGUUGAUUUUCAGGAGAUACGAAAAACAUUAUAAACGAUUUUAAAAUGUUUUUAAUUUAAAUUAUUUAUGAUUUUAAAUACAUUUGAAAAAUUGUAAUUUUAAGUUUACACCAAUUAUUCAAAUGAUACGCGUUCCCCUUUGUCAUUUCAAAUUAAUAUUAUGCAUUUUAUCCCCUUUUAUCAUAUUUUUACUUCUGAACCAAUACGAUAGGUACAAUUUUAAAUCACGACUUGUCCCUAUUACAAUGAUACAAUUGGAUCUUGAGUGAAAUUUCCUGAAGUAUUAACAUUUAUGCCAAAAAUGUCUAAAAUUGAAUUGUCUUCUUUUUUCAUGAACUCCACCCAUUCACUUAUAUGUCCGUUCCUUCUUGCCACUUCGGUUUUACGUACUCAUUAGAUUUAGUCUUCUAAAUCAUUACAGCAUUCCUCAUUUCGCUAUAUUGUUUCUAAAUAAUUUCUUUUCUAGACUAUCUAACCCAACUCCUUUAAAAAUAAUAAAUGGAUAAACUGUAUUUUCGUAGAUAUUCAAAUAAAAUGUUUUAUGAAAUUGUAUUUACUACGAAUCGUCAUCGUUUUGACUUUGCGUAACCAUUUCAUUGAAUAAUUAUUCAAUAAUUACAUCAAUAAUUCCGUUAAAUUGUCUUUCGCACGUCGUUUCAUGAUGAACUAAUCUAUUGAUAUUACUUAGGAAAUACAUACAUUCCUAAUACAUAAAAAAACGAGUUUACGUAUUUAUAAUAAAUAAACCUAGUAAGGAUCAUAGUCGAGUCCCAACAACAAUCGGAUUUACAACUGAACCUAAACCGUAGUCAGUCUUAAUAAUAUCUCUACAUGCGUAUUUCUAAUAUUGUUUCUAUAUUCUAAAUUAUCUAUCACAAUACAUCAUACACGUACACACUAACCUCCAAAUAUCACCUCAAUAACCAGUCUAGGGAAUAAAGGUUACUUAAGACAAAUUAAUUUUUAUUGUUCUUAUAUUUAUUAAUAAUUGUAUUUGUAAUUAAUUUUAUCUUUAUUACAUUUUGUGUAAUUGCGUUAAGUGACGAACAAACACCAAAGUUAAAGUCCCUUUAACCUGUUAAAUAUACAAAGAUAUAAAGAUAAAGAUCUAUAAAGAUCUUUAUUUAUAUCAGUCUAUCGACCCAGUUCCAAAGAUCGGUUAGUAUAGUAGGAAUAACUAAUCAACAGAUACGAUCAAGUAGAUAGGAUAGUAGUAUAAAAUAUCAUCAGCCUUUUACGUUAUAUAGGGAAACCAAGAAAGUGUGUAACCUAAAGCUACGUGUUAUUGCAACUGCUGUAGCUAAAAAUGAGAAAAUAUAUAAAAUAUUUGGCGAAAUGAUGGUUUUUGUCAAAUUUUUGAACAUAAAGACUAUUUCAUUAUAUUGUGUCUGUUUUAAAUGUAUAAAAUAUGUCAUUUCCCCGGUACUUUUAAACUCUUAUAGCAGAUUCCUUUGGACCAAAUGAGUUCAAACUCAGGAAUUCAAGUUUCUUUUUUACUUUUUUACUGAAGUGGUAAAUGUGUUGACUGAAUUUUAAUAUUAACUUCCAAAUGUUGUUACAUGAUUUCAGAUUUAUACACCUCCAUAAACCCCCUAAAUGAAGGAAAGGUCAUAACAUUAUAUACAUCUAUUAUUUAAGUGAUAAAAUAAUAAGGUUAAAAACAAAAUUAUUAAAAUGGUUAAUACUCGUAAAUAAAUAUAUAUUUAAAAAAAAAAUGUAUAUAUAAUAAUAAAAAAAAUAAUUGAAUCAAUGCGUCACUUGGAGUAAUAUGGUAAGUGUAUUAUACGAACGGUUUCGAAUUAAAAAUUCAUCAUCAAGUGAAAAUGUAAAACGCGACUGGGAGUAUAUAUAUAUAUACAUAAAUAUUUUAUAUAUUUAUUUACGUUAGUUAUUUAAGUGUCAAAGAAAAUUGUCUUUUGGGGGUUUUAACUUUAAACACUCUCCCAAAAUUGUUUUAUGAUUAGAUUUCCCAUUUUCACAGGAAAUACCCGGUUUCAAAUUCCUCAAAGUAAGUAACGUGAUUAAAAUGUAUAUUUUUGACUAGUAUUGUUGUCAAUUAUGAGCCUUAAGAAGGGUUCAACUUCUAACAGCCAUCCCUACCAUUUGUCUGUAUAUUAGUAAGAACGGUUAUUCGUUUUGAUAAAACAUUUUCUGUUCGAUUCUUUAUCAUUACCGAAUCGUUAUAACUGACGUAGGAAAUCAAUCAACCUAUAUAUUAUUCGUAGAUUUUCUGUUUCUCUCCAAUUUUUUAAAUGAUUGGGAAGACUUCUGGAAAAUCAAAAAAUCACCUCCCUAAUGUACUUCUCCAGUAAAAUUGUCUAUUACAAAAAGUGCUAUCAUUGUAAAUCGGAGCAAGAUUACUAGUAGAAAAGUUGUCCAAAGAAAAAAAGACCGUAAUAUUGUACUAAUAAAUUUCAGAUACUUUCCAGUUUUUCCUCCAUUUUUUCUGGAUUUUCCCAAUUGUUGGGAAAACUCUUAAGAAAAUUAAAAAGUGACCUCCAUAAAGUACGUCCCCAGUCUUUUCUACCAGCAAUUAUGCUAUAAAUUACAACGAUACCACUUUUUCUAGAUAGAAAUCUGACUAGGCUGAUAUUUGAGGAAGUCAUUUUUUUAUAUUCCCACGAGUUUUCCUGAUAAAUGGGUAAAACCGAGAAAAUCCGUAAGAAUAACGGGAAAAUAGGUACAAUAUUAAACAAAUAUUAUUAAAGAAAAUUUUUAAUGAAUAUAUAAUUAGUUUACCAUAAUAUGGCGUAUAUAUUGAUGACAAAGCCACAAUUUUAACCGAACUCCGCUCAGAAUCGUUUUUUUGUUAGCAAUGGUUUAUCGUUACUUACAGAUAUACAUUAAAUUUUUUCUUUCCUACCUUUUCAACAUUUUACCUAUAAUAGUAGUCCUCCCAUUAUUCUAAACGUGUCCGUCUUCUAUUUUUUUCUUCUUUGUUUCUAAAGAUGCUCAGAAAUCAACAAAAGUAAAAUCGAUGAAGGUAAUUGAUAAAUAUUUAUUGUUAUUUUUAUAAGUAAUGCAAGUUAAUUGAUGAGAAUAUUAAACAUUUCUUCUAAUUAAGUAUCAUUGGUCGAAAAGUUCACUUCUUUUAAAAAUGAUGUGAAUAAUUUGUAUAAUUUUUUCUAAUCAAAAAAGUAUUUUAUGAGCAACAAAAUCAUAUAUCUUAGUGAAACUAAUAGAUUUAUCGCCAUAAUCAGAAUUUUACAGUCUCAAGGAAUAUUGAGCAAGUUUAUUGGAUGGUAUAUAUAAAACGACAAUGAAAAUAAGCAUGAUACUUAACUAUGAUAAAUAUUUUAUUUUUUUCAUAUAAAAGAAUAAAUAAAUGAUUAUGCUUCUCGCGGGAGUAGGAUCUGUGGAUCCCGAUCUAUCAACUUAAAUAAUGUGAAUAUAAAAUAUAUACUUACGAGGGUAUAGAACUCCUAUUUAGCAUAUUUUUGUCAAUUUUACGGCAUACAUGACGGUGGGGGAUUGGGAUUUUGUUAUCUGGGCAAUAUUUUAUUUCUAAAACUCAACUAAAUCAUUAUCAUUGGAACGAAAAUAACCGUUUCUGUGGGCCACCCCCAAAUUUGUUUAAUACACUUUCAGCUGCUCAGCCCACUCUUAAAUACUUAACGUUUUGCAAAGUACGAUAUUUUUUUCAUAUUCUUAGAAAAAAAAUCAGUUUUAUUCUGAAUGAAUAAAUAACUCGUGAACUUGACGUAUUAUAUUAAAUGAAAUGAAAAAGUAUGCCGAAUUCACUAUACAUAUUCAUACUAACAAAGUAUGGACAAGUUUACUAAUUUGUUUAAUUAUUAUUUAGGAUAAGUUAUUCUAUAAAAAAAAAAAAAUGGCAAAGUUAAGAUAAUGCUAAUUUUAAAACGUAAAUGGAUUUGAAUGUAACUAUAAGUUAUAAUAUAAUUUUAUCGCGAAAAAAAAAUUAAGUUAAGUUAAAAAAUACUCUUAACUAUACUCAUAAACGUAUUUCGUACACAUUUGUAUACUUUUACUUUCACAAAUUUACCAUAUAAGAUUCAAAUUAUUAUAUCAUAUUUUACCGUUAUGCCUGUUUUGUUAUGUGAUAAAGACGUCAAAAUGAUAAAAUAAAAUGUCCAAAUAUAAAUGCAAAUACUAACUAAUUGAGAUAACUUAAAUAUUAAGAAAAUAACUGAGAUCAAUAGGUUAGUUACCUUAGUAAGGUAACUAAGUAAAUUUGUUAUCUUCAAUGCUUUUAUAACUAACUGAUUUAAAUUGUAUGGAAAAAAAAUAGUUUACUUAUAACUUAACUUAACUUUUAAAUAGUUAAAUAGCUAUGUAGUGAAUGCCCCCCAGCUUUGCAUAUUAAUUAACAACAAACCGAAAUUGAUUAUUUUACAUAAUUAUUUACGUACGUCAUAAUAUAAAUUGUAUUAAUAAUUGCUUGCGGAAUUCUGAAUGUCAUAAAAGUAAAUUAAAACCGUAUAAAUCGUCACAUGUUUUGGUUUCCAAAUAAAUCAAAUUCAUAUCAUAAUAUUUACGAGGAAACAACUUUUGGUAAUUUUUGUCUCUUUUUUUUUUUUUUUUUUCAUAAACAAAACAAAUAUUUGAACUAUUUAUUCUACGAACAGUGACAAUAAAACGCAAUCGGUUUUACUACCAUAAUAUUACAGGCGUUUCUCCGCCAAACCGAAUAAACCCGUAUAGGUAGGUAUAUAUACGAUGGAACGUCUUAAGCGAAUUUAAUAAAACUUUUUAUAAACGAGACGCAUACGAUUAUAUUAUAGUUUUUGUUUCAAAUUAAAUUCUCCGGGGCGAAAAAGCCUUAAAGACCGUAACGUAUGCGCGUUCGGAGGGUUGACGAAAAUUGCGAUCGUGGCAAUAAAGAAAGCUGUUCGGGCGAGAAAGUCGUGAAGUAUAAAUGGCAAACGGAAUCGACGAUCAAACUAUAAUACUUUUAUUUUUCGCUCGUUCUCACUUACUAUUCAUAAUAUUAUACUUAUCUCUCUUAUUCGUUUCCGACGGUACGAUGUAAAUGUACCAUGUUCAUAGUCUUUUUGCUUCGUAAUAAUAAUACAUAUUCAGCCAGCUGUUUUUUGCCUAAAUGAAUUGAUAUCACGCAGAGAACGAAUGAUACACAAAAUAGUAAGUGAAGUUUUUUCAUGGCGUAUGGAAAGUAUUGCGUACUUAUUCAUAAUGAGUGUUUUAAAUUUGAAAAAUAUAUUAGUUUUAACAGACAGGUAUAUGGUAACUCUAUAAGAAACUAUUUUAACAGAAAUCUUGAUCUUAUCAAAAACAUUAAAGGUACUUUCAUAUGAAAUUUUUGAUCUUGUUGGUGUAUUGACAACCUCAUUUUUUGUUUUUCCUUGUAGUAUUCUUAAAAAAUAGGAAAAACCAGCAAUUGUUCGUAUAAUUUUCGUUCGUUCUUUGGUUACUUUGAUAACAAGAAGAAAAACAUGACCGAUUUUAAUCUGUUCAGAUACAUUUUUUCGUAAGCAAUGUUUUAUCAUUGUGUAUAAAUAUAUCUAGUCUUAAUAUAAAUUUUGUUAGUUCCUACAGUACCUGUAGUGAAGAGACAUUCAGUUGAUUGUCAGUAGUCAUAGUGAACGGUCGUUCACCGUGCUGUUCGCUUAUCUUAUUAUGCAUAUAGUCUAGCAAUGAUAUUUAUCUUAAUCUUUAAAUAAUAAAUAAAUAUGCUGUGUUCCAUCUGUAACGACGGCAUAAAAUAAAGAGAAAAUAAAGAAUUAUAAAAGCAAAAUCUUAAGCUAAAAAAUUUACUUAUUACCGUUAAUAGGAAAAUUAACUUUUUUGAUCAAAAAUUAAUUGAAAAUCGCAUAGAAAUAACUGGUGUUCCUUAACAAAAUAAUGAAGACUGUAUGAAGUAUAGUAGUUGACGAUAUCUCAAUAACCUUAGGGAAUUUGUAUCUGUGGAAAAGUUGUAUCGUUUGCUCAAAUUUUUAAAAAACUCAAAAUAAACUAGGGAACAUUAUAACUUUCCUAGACUCGAAAAUACUUAAAAACAUACUGCUGGACUUGGCCAAAAAGAAGAAACUAAAUGCAGAUAACGUUAUUGCAAAUCGAAAUAACGAAAUUAUAUAUUUAAAUAAUUAUCUAACUUAUACAAAUAGCAACUUAUUCUAUAAGGCCGAAUAUUUUCAAAAGAGCAUAAAUAUAAAUAUGUAUGGUAUAGAGACUGUACAAUUUUAAAAGAUGAAACCAAUAAAGUCAUUUUUAUAGAAGAAAAAUAUAGCUUAAAUAAUAUUGUUUAAUACCAAAAAACCAAAAAAAAUACAUUUUUAUAAAAAUGGAUUCACUAAUUUGAUAGAUAAAUAUUUAGACUAUAAAAUAAAAUACUUUGAUCCUUUUUCUGAAUUUGUGUAUGGUUAAAAUAUUAUUUAAAACAAAUUUAUAUAUUAAUAUUCUAUGUUGUAAUAUCAGAAAUGUUAAAGCCGAUUUGGAUUAGUUCCUUUUUUUUAUGGAAAAUGAUAUUCACAAAAAAAAAAUUGAUAAAAUUAUGUAAUCUGAGACGGUGGCAUGAUGUAAAUUCUUGUAAUGUUUACGUAACCAUAUUUUGCAUAUAAAGAUCUCCAUCGAGUGAUAGCCAUUACUUUUUAUCCAUCUUAAACGAUAUUUUGUCAAACGAUAAUAAUAACAGUGGAUUUAUGGUAAUUUUAGGUGAUAAAAAUAUAAAUAUUAUCUUAAUAGACAACUCUGAUAAUGAAUAUUUAGGUGAUAUGUCAAUGUUUAACUUUAAGUCUUCUAUUAAUAUAUAUACCAGAACACCGACAAGUAAUAUUCAUUUAGGCAUAAACCAUAUUUUUGUCCAAAAUAAUGAUUAUUUAGGAAACUUUAAUGCCGGUAUUUCUAAUUUAAAAAAAUAUUACUGACCAUUUUUCAGCAAUCUUAUAAAUACCUAUAAAAAAAACCACUGAGCACUUCCAAUACUUCAAUACUGAAUGAGUUUCUCUUCACUGAUUUUAAAAAUGUCAAAACUACUUUAAAAAAUGAUUCCAGGGCAGACGUGUAUGGUAGUCAGGAUGUAAAUUUAAGAUUUAAUAUAUUUUAUAAUAUCGUGUUGCGGGCGUAUUUUCGAAUUUAUUUCAGAUUUACUUAUGAUCGAAGUCGGAAAUAUUGUACACAGCAAUUUUUAUAAGUAUAUGUAUUUGUAAUUGAAAAUAUUCAAACACUUUUAAUUGAAGUACAAAUCUAUCUAGCGUGAAGGUGCUUGCAGUUGAUUUUAGGGUGACUCGUCUGGAAAGGUGUUUUCAGUAGCUGGUAUAUAUAUAUACCCUGGACCCCCAAGCUUAAUAUACUUAGUUCACAUUUUUAAACAAUAACAUGUUAUUGAAUAAUUGGAUAAUACCCUCACGCAUUUGGCCACUAAUAACCGGGUGUUGCUAAAUGUGCGCAUAGGUGUGUUCGAUCAACUAUUGACGUCUGUGUUAUAUUAAUAUUCCGAAAAUUCAAAUCUACAAUUCUUAUCAUAGCCGUUCGCAUUGCGGCGUGGUAAAUUAACUAUUAUUGUGCGGCAGUAAAUCCCAAAAUUAAUGUUAUGUAAUAUGAUAUAUUAUCAGAGAGUGAGGCGACGCCCGUAACAAUAGUAUCUUUAGCAAUAGCUUCAGCAACAAACACUAAAAUAAUAAAUUCUAAAUAUAAGCGACUUAAAGUUUGGAUGACGCAAGGUCUUCUUUGCUCAGCUAGUAAAAAACAUAAAUUACCCUUAAAAGUUAAAAAGCACCCAUCUAAUAAACAGCUGUUUUCUUUCUACACCAAAUUUAAAAAUAAUUUUACCAACAUUUUGCGAACAACUAAAAAUAAUUAUUAUAAAAAGAAAUUGUUAAUGGUGGUGUCUAAUCCUAAAUUAACAUUAAAAUUAAUUAAAGAAGUUACUAACAAUAACUUUCAAAACUCAAAAGAAAUAAGUACUAUUUUAAUUAAUAACAAGCCAAUAAAUGCCUUUGAAGAACCGUAUAAAGAAUCUCAAUUCUUUAAUAAUUUUUUCAUUGAGGUAGGGGAAAAAAUCUACUAAUCACAGUAACAAUAUUGGCAACGCAGACAUUACUGAAUUACAUAAUAAUUAAUUUGAUAAUAUUAUCAAUGGAAAAAUUAAAGAAUAGGAUGUUCUUCAAAUAAUAGACUUACUAAAAGAUAACACCUCAGCUGGUUUCUAUAAAAUAUCAGUCAAAUUUAUAAAGUAUAAAGCUAAAAGUGUUACGAAUCUUUUAACAUACAUCUAUAAUUUAAGUAUAAAUAAAUGUACAUUCUGGAUAUAUUUAAAACUGCAAUAGUAAUUCCAUUAUAUAAAGACGGAGAUAAGAAAUAUAUCAAAAACUAUAGACCAAUAUCGAUGUUAUGUAAUUUUUCAAAAAUAUUGAAAAAGAUAAAAAAAAAUAUCGCCUAAUAAACUACUUAGAAAGAAAUAACUUACUAUCAAAAUGUCAGACCAGCCAUAGGUACAGAGUAGGCUAUUUACAAUGUAACUGGAUACAUCAAUAUCGCACUUGACAUGGGAGUAAACUUUGGCAAUUUUCCUAGAUCUCGCGAAAGCGUUUGACGCGGUAAAUCAUACAGAGCUAAUAUGGAUUUCGCCGAGAUUUGGUCUUAAAAAUAGUAGUUUACAAUGUGUUAAAUGUUAUUUAAAUAAACGAACUCAGAUAGUAAUGAUAAAUGGCGUUGUAGGUGAGGAAUUGGAAAUAUUCGGUGGAAUGCCUCAGGGAAGUGUACUAGGUCCGAUUUUUUCUGUAUUAUAUAUUUAAAAAAUGUGACCUAGAAAUUAACAGGAAAAAAUGAAACUUUCUUCUUCUGCAGAUAAUACAUGUUUGCUUUUGUCUGGUUCUAACUGGGACUCACUAUAUCAAAAAUCAGAAAUGAACUAAAAAGAGUACUUGACCUUUUAACUCAUUUAAAGUCAUGCUCUUUAAAUAAAGAAUCAGUACCUCCUGAAUACUGUACAUUUCUGUAGAAAGAGGGAGGAGCAAUUUAGUAAAAAUAUAUAUGGCACCUAAAUAUUACUUUUGAUGAAAAUUUAAGGUGGGAUUCACACAUAGACAAUGUUGUAAUGCGUUUGAGAUCAGUAGUGUAUACAUUUUGUAAACUUAAAAAUAUUUUCUCUAUUAACCCCGUUGGAAAUAUAUAUUUAUCAUAUGGAUUGUAUAUCAGUAUAGAAUUAUUCUAGUUUGGGGAGGACUUACACAAAAAGCAAUUAAACCUCUAAAAUUAUAAUAAAAUAAAAUUCUUGGAAUAUGUCUCAAUAAACUUAGCCUUGUAAGAUCUACGUUACAUUUUUAUAAUGAAUUUAAAGUUUUGCCUGUCAUGUCACGUUACAAACAAUUUGCAAUUGUAUGUCUUAUAAAGGAUAUGGAAAAUUAGUACAACCUGGAUAGAAAUAAACCAAUUAGAGAAAUUAGGGCAUAUAAUGCUAAAAUAAAAUUUAAGAAAACUUUUUUCGGACAAAGAACUGUGGACUAUCUUGGUCCACGAUUUUUUAAUGAGCUAUUGAAGUUUCUAGAAAAAAAUAAUUCUAAAUCCAAAAUAUGAGAAAUAUUUAAUAAACAUUAGUCUUUUCUUAUUAUAGAAUACAUUUUCUAUCCUCUAUUUUAUGUUUGUACAUUUUGCGAUAAUUACUUUAAAUUCAGUCUCAAAAAUUUCUAAAUAUGGUAAUUUUAGUAACUUAAUUCAAAAAUGUAUUAUUUUAUUAAUGUAUUUAUUUAAGUUAAUACAACUAAAGUUAAAAAUUAAAAAAUAUUCACCAUUGAAGAAAAAUACAACAAGCAGAAUGAUAGGGUAUAUGUAAGGUCAUUAUUAAAAGCUAGAGAAAUGUUUCACGCGUUCAACGAGGCAACAUUCCUGCUCAAGUUAUGGUUUAAAUUGAAGCUCUUGUGUAUCUGAAUAGCGUCUUAAAUUCUUUAGUGAAGCCUCUGAGUGAUUCAUUUUCCGAAGGGAUUGAUAGGGUUUUUCAACAGGAUUAAGCGCCUGGUCAAAAGGCAAAAACAACACAAGAAUGGCUUGAAAACAAUGUUCAAAAUUGUAUAAAAGCAUCUGACUGGGCUUCUGCAAGUCCGGAUUUAAACUCCCUUGAUUAUGGGUUUUGGAGCAUUUUAGAGAAGAGAGUUUGUAAAAAACGACACGCAAAUUAUUAUUUGGAGUCAAUAAAGCGAAACAAUGUGAACUGCCGAAAUUCCCCUGGAGAUUAUUUGUACGUAUAUUGAAAAUUGCCUGGAAAAAUUACGUCGUUGUAUAGAAAACGAGGAGGGGCAUUUCGCGUAAUAUAUAUAUAUAUAUAUAUAUAUAUAUAUAUAUGGUUUAAAAUGUAAUUAUGUAUACAUUAUAAAUAUAUUUAUAAAAUUUCCAUACGAUGUGUUGUUCUUGAGUAAUAUACGUUUAAAGUACUGACAGAAUUUGUGUCUAGACUAGGUAUAUAUUAUAAAUGAAUUACAUACUAUAUAAUACAUAUAUACAAUUAUCUAUUCAAUAAUAAAUCAACCCUUCUAACUUCCCUCCUAAAACAUUGAUACACCCAUCAGCAAUGUCGGCAUUUCUUUUUCUUAUAUUUAUAAAUUGACAGUAAAACAUCGGGAAAACUGUGACGUAAUUAUUUGUACUAAUAAUAUUACUAUUUCAAUUGUUUUUAGUUUUAUAUUUCCCUCGCAAUUAUCAUGGGAAGCUAUGCUAUUUCGGUAUAUCGUACAUUAAAAUAUUCAUGGCUUUUGAAAUGUUUAACGAAAGUCGGACAGCAACUUUAGCUCUACGACAUUUAAAGCAAUUAAUGUUUAAAAGUACAUUUACACAUUUUAGAAACGCUAUUACUUAUAAUAGUACAAUAAAAAAAGUUGAUUGUGAAUAUUCCUUGUACAAAUGUUAUGUUCACUACGGAACAAUAUUUAAGACAGCAGUAUUUCACAUUAUAAAAAAAUACGUUAUGAUUAAUUUGCAUAAAUCUGUUGUUUAUUUUAUAAAGACAAUUUAUAACCAGCUUAAAUUGAUUAAUAAUAUACCUUAAGGUUUAUCGUUACUAAGUUACGAGUUUAGAUCAGUGGGAUUAGCCAACGAGUUUUAUUUUUCUAAAUAUAAUCAGAUUUUAAAACGCAGUACAUUUUUUAUUUAGAUUUUAUUCAAACAAAUUAUUCUAGAAGAUUUAAAUCUAAAAAUAAAAGGUAAACAAUAUAGGUAUUGUACACUUACUUCAUUUCGUUCAACAUAAAAUAAAAUCUCUACCAGAAACAUACUCGACUUCAAUAUCUUUGUCAACACAAAGCGUCCAUUUAACUUCUAAACUUGUAGUACUACACGGACUCUGAAACUAUAUAUAAGAAUAAAUCAGCCAACAGUUAAAAUAUUUAAAGAUGUAAGAACCCAAUUUGUGUUGUUUUUUUUUCGUUUAUCUUUCCUGAGAUUUAUUAUACCUAUUUAAAAACGAGACAUAUAAUAUUAUUUUAUUUAUUUUUUAUUUUUAUAAAUGAACGCCAAAACUGGUAAUUUUGUACUUAGACGAAACUAAAAUUAGGAGGAAAAGUUAAACAAAGUUAGGUAACUUAAAUCUAAGGGAAAAGAGGGCCCGGACUAAGCAGCAUUUAAUUGACGCAUAGCACGGUGGAGGGCAUAGUUAAACUCUUAAGAGGUGUGAUAUUGAGGCAGGUGAAAAAAGUAAUGGGUUCUGAUGGAGUAAGCGGGGAUCCGGAAAUAUAUGGAUGAUGGUUAAUCCGGAGCAUCAAUGAUUCCAUUUAGAAGAAAAUAGGUGAAGGAAACAUCGGCCAUAAUACGACGAGAAUGAAGGGUAAGUAAGCAAGGGCAGAGCGGAAUAUAGAAAAGUCGUGUUAGGGAUAGUCAAUAUUGAAUCGAUAAGAAGCAAAUGAGAGAAACUUAUUCUGCACGAGCUCAAUAUGAAGCUGGUCUCAAGCCAUUUACUUUAGAAUUCUUACUCCCAGGGCCGCUCUCUUUUCUGAUACUUUCUUUUUUCUAAUUCUCCUUCAGUAUAACCAAAUCUCUAACUGUUCUAAUAAUAUUCUAGAAUUGGUAUUAUUUAUUUAAGGUGACUUGUCAGCUAACAAACCUCCUACUCCUCUAUCAGUUCUGACGCAUACUACCCCCCCCUGUUUAUUAAAUUAAAAUUUUAUAGCAAUUCUAGACACAGUUUUCAAUACAGGUUCUACGAUUUCAAAUCUGGUGACUACGAUUCCAUCUCAAAGUUCUUCGACUCCUUUAACUGUCAGUCCAUUUUCAAUAGGUCCACUUAUCUCACUCCACUUAUCAUGCGACCACUGUUUUUAAUGAUGGUCUCUUUAAUUCAAUAAAAAAAUGUAUCCCUCAAGAGGUCUUUACUACGCCAAAAUACCCACGCUGGGUAUCUACUGCCUUAAAAAAUCUGAUACACCAGAAGCAACUCGCACAUCAAGCCUAUAGACCACCUUACCUGGCAAUGGACCAAUCAACUUUCUCUAGUCUCCGUAAGUUCUUGGUAUUAAAAGUAAUAUCAAAAAUUAGGUAAAAUACAAUACAUGCGUGUGUGUGUGUGUUUGUGUGUACUAUAAACACAUUACACGCUGUACAAGCCAAAUCCGUUUGGCGUGUGACUGAUGUGGUUAGGCACUAUUCCGCGGUGCAGGAACUAUCCUAAAACCUCGGCCAUCUUCUCGUCCAGUGGACUCUCGAGGAGGGUAAGUCGGGUUAACGCACACGCGUCUUUCAGCAUAGUAAGUGCGUGGCCAAGUAUACGACGGACGGACGAUGGCAUUGAUAAAUGAACGGGCGCUCACGCACACGAGCAACAUUUUCUUCGCGAGAGUAUAUAAUAUAUAUGUACGUAAUGUACGACGUUCAGCGACAAAUCGGUUACCACGCCGUAACCCGCAUAAUAUAACCGACAACCCUCCUGACCAUCGGUGGUGGUGAUGGUAGUAGUGGUGAUGGUGGUGGUGGCGGCGGCGCAGUCCUUUUCUAAUUAUUAUAAUCUCUUUGACGAGUAGUGUGCACAUAUAUGCGUACAUACAUACAGACGCAGCGCAUGUGACCGACGAGUGCGCGUUUGCGAGUCGAAAACCGUUUCGCUCCGAGCGGGGGGAUUAACCGGGACGAAACGGAUUAUUACGAAAGUGCCUAUACGGUAUACAUAGAGGGAAAGAGAGAGAGAAAGUGAGUGAGAGACGGGGAGAGAGAUAGCGAGAGUAGACGACGAGAGACUGACUCGAAAGGAGAAGCAGCCGCGAAGGGGGGGGGGGGGAGGAGUGUUGAGGUGGCACGUGUAUUAUCGCUCGGACUUAACUCGGUGUCGCUACAAAUAAUUAUCAAGAAAUCCGCCCCCCCCCCGAGUGCGUGCGAAUACGGAAUAAUAAUAAUAUAAUGGAAUUUCGCGACCCAUCGUCGGCCGAGUAAGUAGGUACCUCCGUAUACAUGUGACCUUCGUAAUUGGCGUUCCGAGUCCCGGCGACGACGACGAUGACGACGACGACGACAACGGGUUCCCGGGGGAUCGUCAAUACUUAGGCAAUGUUUCCUGUUCUCUAUCUGUAUAUACAUACAUAUGUAUACACGUAUAUCGGAUUUCGUCUGCACAUCUAUCCCCGCCGUUCGCGUCUGCCGUUCAAAGUUUUUCCUCGCGCGCAGCCCGAACGACGUAUAUAAUAUAUCGAAUUAAAAGUCAGUUCGACGAAGAUCCAAUUGUCGAACGAUGCACGUUCGCGCGUCGCCUUUGUGUGCACGGCCAUUUUUUAGACGAACAUUGUAUUAUAUAUUCCUCAUCAAAAACGUACACUUUCUCGUUUUAGGUAUACGAGCUUAUCGUCAGCUAUGUAACAGCGCUAUUAGUCCGCCUGUUAUUUUCAAGAAAAUCCACGUGUUCGGACGUGUUCUCGCACCUCGCUAUAAUGUUGUUUUGAAAAGGGCCAGCUCCCGUAUAGCCACGCCCGUAGUCGCACGGAAUAAUAUUACUAUUGUAAAUAUAUAGACAGUCGCGUUCUAUUCGGUUCAGUCCCACAGGGGAGGGGGAGGGGGUGAAAUAAAAUAAAUCUUGCCGAGUGUCGUGGACGGAAAUUGAGGAUUUAGGAGACAAUGUGUGUUUUAUGGUAAUAGACCGGUUUUAUAAUGCUGUUAUGUACAUUUUCUAUAUCCUUUGUAAAAUUAAAAAAUUAUUUUGAACAUUUUAAAUAUGAUAAUACUCUUCCAAUAAUUUAAUAUUCAAUACCCCUAUAGAGGAAUGGAAUUAAAAAAAAUUACUUCUUGGGAAAAAUGUUUAUAUCGCAUAAAACGCUCCAAUUUCAAAUUUGUUACGGGUUAGAUUACGAAUUUUGAUUAAUUUGCAUGUUGUGUCAGAAAAAAAAUAAAAAAUAAAAUAACUGUACGGUAAAAGUAUAAAUGUUCAAUACACUUUCGAAAAAUGUUUAAAUUAAAAAAAAAAAAAAUUAAAAUCAGCGAAACGUAAAACCUACAAGACAUUUUUUUUAAAAAACAAAAUAAACAGGUAUUAUAAAUAAUGAAGAUUGUUGUCUUCAUUAUAUUUAUAAAAAACAAAAUUUGAGUAACUUCGUUAUCUCAGGAGAUAUCGUAAUAGGUAUAUCUUUGUUGGACACUCUGAAUAAAAAAAAUACACAACGGUUUUUUUAGAUUCCGAGUAUAGCGAAGCAACUAGUAAUUUCGCAAAGAUGUGUGAUUUUUCUCAAAGAACAUUUUUUGAUUAGUAAAAAUACUUCAAUUUUUUUUCGUGUCAUAAGUAUCUAAGCAAUUCUGGAUUUAGGCUCGAAGAUACUUUGUUUUAAACAUAUUUGAUCGAAACUUUCAGUGAAAAGAAGAAAAAAAACCCUUUUUUUUUUAAUAAACAUUUCUAAAAUAAUUUAAUAUGAAAUCAACUGUAUUAUUUUAUUAAACGAGUUUUAUUGUGUAGGACACGUACCUAGGUACGCUAGGCAUAUCGUAUAUCUACACGAAUCGAUACAAGAUACGAGAUGAAAUUGAUGGAAAAAAAAAUGUUUAAUAUUUGUGGUUAUCUCCUUCUAUAUUGUUCAGGUAACCUAGAUAAAUUUUAUAUUGAAACUUCCAAUAUAUUUUAUAUUUUAUUUUGUUUUAUUUUUAUUGGACGUAAAUCAUAUAAUAUUAGUCACGAGUGAUAGAUAAUAUUUGAACAAUUUCUUAUUUUUUUAUUCAUUUGUUUAGAUUAUAUUUUUUUAAAGUCGUCUACAUUACGGUAUUGUUUAAACGCGAGCAUAUUAAUUUGGAAAUAAACGAACAUAGGUACGUAUUUGUUUAAAAUUUAACAAUAAACAGUCUAUAUUUUAGAUUCUGAGCGCGGCGGGGGAUCUAUUCAUUUUAUUAUUAUACGAGGGUUUUUUCUUUUUCUUUUUUUUUGUGUGUGUCUUGGAGAAACAUUUCUAUCAGAAAACUUGCUCCCAUGUAUCAAGUGUAACACCUUUUAUACAAUGAAAUUUUUUAUAUUUGGUAUAUUGAGGAUGUUAUUUUUAUAAUUUUCCAAGAAGAUUUUAUAAUAAUCGAGAAAAUUCGAAAAAACAGUAAUUAAUAUUAACAGCACACCGCCGUGGCAUUACCGAUUCCAUUAUUUUUCAUUUUUACGAACUAUGUUUUCAACCACAAAUAUUCCUUUAAUCAAAAAAUGCAUAAUUACAUUUUAUUUUUGCAUUUUGGAUUUAGUUGAUGAGUAAUAAAGAUGUUUUUUUUGGUUUGUUCUGUUUUCGUAUAGUUUGUUUAAGAAUUGAGCAAAACCGAAUAAAAAUGUAAAAGGAAUAGAUAAAUUUAUACAAAUAAUAUUUUUAUUAUUUUCAAUAUCAUUUUUGUUGAAAUUCAGUUAAAAAUAUUCGCAGAGACAUGAAAUUUUGACGAAAAACUUAGGAUUUUAUGAAAUUCAUUAAAUUUCAUAAAUAGUGGUCAAAAAUAAAAACGAAUGUAAUGUAGUAUUUUUUUUUAGAUUUUGGUGCAUAGCGGGAGAUCGAGGGAUAUACAGUAUGUUAUAUACCAUGUUCAAUGGAUUUUUCACUGUUAAUAAGAAAUUUUUUUUUUAAUUUUUUUUUUUUUUCAAUCGGUUUGUCUUCGAGGGGGACAUUUAUUUGAAUAAAAAUUAAAUUUUCAUCCCCUAAAUACAAAAAAAAAUAAUUUUUUUAUUUAUUCAUUUUAGAAAAUUUUCAAAAAAACCAUUUUGUAAAAAAUAUUAUUCUAAUCAUUUUAUUGUAUCAUACAUUCAUAUCCGAUAGCCAAGUAUAGCCGUUUUAAUUAGGGGUGAAUACAAUCAAUAUUCAAUAAAAUAACACGUUAUGCAAUAAGGAAUUACAAUCAGCAUGGUAAUUUUUUACCUUCUAUUAAGUAUUAAUUGUUUACACGUCUAUUUUCUAAAAAUUAAAAUAGUUAUUAUUAAGAAAGUUAUAUUAAUUAAUAUAUAAUCAUAGUUUUAUGAAUCAAAAAUCAAAUUUCCAAGAAAAUUGUAAAUAUAUAGAGCCUUUCAAAACGUGUUACUGAACUUCGUUUCAAAUCUAUGUUUUAUUGAUAGUUACAUGUAUAAAUUCAAUAUCUCUAUGUAAUCUUUUUUCCCAACUUCCCAUCUACAAUAGCUGCACAUCCACCCUCGGUAUUAGGUUUUUUUUUAGUUUCGUACUACGAUUAAUUGAUUAUUUAUAUAAAUGUUGAGUAAAUUACUUUCGAUUUAUUUCAAUCAUUAUAGUUUCAUUAAAUACCCCAUAUUAUUAAAAGUAUUUUUUUUUAAUCAGACAUUCGUUUCGAAUGCAAUAACUAAUAACUUAACACAAUAUAUCAAUUUUCAAUUCAAAAAUAUUAUUUUUAUAUAACGUAUAAUAAAUGUAUAAUCUAUUCUUUAAUCUCGUAGUAUUAAGUUUCAAGAGGUUCAACUUAUAACAGGCUUAUUCGGAUAAGGUAAAAGUGCUGUGCAUAUCAAAAUUUAUUAAGACACGUUCUAUUCUUGAACCCAAUUCGAUAUUUGUUUACAAGACGUAAUAAAGACUAAAAUAUAAAAAUAUACAUAUAUUGUUGAUAUGAUUAUUCAUCGAUUUAUUAUUUUCGUACAAUGAUGACUCUAAAAACCCAUAAUAAAUUUAACUCAAAAUCUUCGUAGGCGAUCUCUGCGGGAUAUCAUGGUAAAAAAAAUCACCCCGUGUGUUUACGGAAAAGGUCACGUUAUUUUUUGUUGUUGUUUUUUUUUUUUUGGAUGAGGAGGGGAGAGGAAGAUAGAAUGGGGGAUAUUAGGAGCGGCAAUAAUAAUAAGCGGCAUCGAAAAACGAGCAGCAAGCGAUGCUUUUGUAUUACAGGAGAACGGGAGGGGGGGGGAGAUAUUUUUGAAAUAUUAAACCCGGAAUCGUAUUAUGAUUAAUUGCGUCAGGUCAACUAUACAUAAAUAUAAACCGCUCGGCCAGUUCCUGUAGCGGGCGGUUGCAGUAUAAUCCUUUUUAUUAAUACAUGCGGUUCCCCUGUGGCGUAUAUAAUAUACGUCCGCAUCCGCACACAAGCCUAACAAUCAAUAAAGUAAAGACCGGGCAGGCGGCAGUGGAAGAAUACUUAAAGGACCGGUAAAUAUUUGAUACUGUUAUUGGACAAGAUGCUACGCAUAAUAAUAAUAUGAGGUCCGACAACCCUCUCCGAUUCGCCAAUAUACCAUAGAACAUGCACAGACCGCCGCCGGUUUAAUUAAACGCGCCCCAUUUACUGCAGUGGCGUAUAGUACAGGACAAUGCCAUCAUAGUCAUCCUCCCGUAUUGGCCGUAUUUUUAACAUAAACGUUACUUUAAAUCACGGACUAUUAUAUAGUCUUGUAUAUCCAAUAUGUUUUACGGGGAUGGAAACGAGCACCGAAAUCGUGGUUAGAAAAAGGUAUUGGCAUUGCGGGCCUUUACGGGAGAGCAUUUCCUCUAUGAUUUCCGGGCGCUGGGGCUUAUAAAGGAAGAAUAACUCGCCAUCUAAUUGAUAUCUUUUUAUGGCCAAUCCCUCACACCAUCCUUACAGUUCGCCUGAUGUGUAUUUUACUAUGUGCUAUUUAAGCAAUUUAAGUGCUGAUAAUUGUUCUUCAUUGAUCAAUUACAAACUUACUGUAAUUUUCGUUUUGUUUUCUUUGAUGUCCCCCUCCAUUGAGAAAUCUCGAUACGCCACUGAAUUAGAUCGUGUAUUUCACUUUUUGUUUCGACCAGUGUCAAAAGCACAAAUUUUUACUCGUUAUAACGAGGAAAAAAUAUAUUACGACUAAACUAUACAUCGUUAUUGGGAUAUUGUCACGAAAAUAAAAUAAUGGAACGCGAAAUUCACUAAAUAUAAAGUCUUGGAAGUAAAACACUGAAUUUAAAAAUAGAAAAAUCCAGAAAAAUUAAUGGUCACCAGUUUUACAUGAUAUCAAUUGCUUCAUUUGCAGAACUUCAGUCAUCUUCAGUCGCUCGUUUCCCGAUCUCAUGUUAGAAUUUUAAUAAAAAUUGUUUAAAAAAAAUCCUCAAUUUGUUAUGAAAAACCAAUUUUGGUAGGUUACGGGUCAAAAGAAAAUAAAAACAAAUGCAAUUUUAAAACGUCUAGUUUACGAAGUAAUAACAAAUUAUAAUAGAAACCAAUGAUUGUUUUCCGAAUUAUUAAGUUACAUAUAAUUUUACGCUACGAAGAAAUGUUUUCUUAAAAAUACAGUUCCAACCAAAUAAUUUUCGAUUCGUACGUGUUCUCUUCGAUAUUUUGGAAUAUUAACAUUUCGAAAAAUUUUUACUAACGAUGUACGUGUACUCAUGCCAAUUCGCAGUGUUGCGUGCCCGAUGACGAACACGGUUGACAAAUUAAAUUAUUUCGAACGAUUAAUAAUGUUCCUAUCAUGAAUUUGAUACUAGUAGCGAAUAUCGUAGAAUCUUCGAAUAAUGGGAUAUUGUUUUCACUAUGCUUAUUUAUACUGGAUACCCAUGCGAUGAGAUAACAACGGUUACAAUGUUAUUGAAUUACAGACGUGUUAUAAAAAAAGCUAGAUAAAUUAUACACAACAUUAACUAAAUAGCAGAAUGCAUACGAGAACUUCUACGUAAUAAUAGUUCUGACUGUUGGAUGCAUACAGUGACGGAUAAUCAACAUUUCCCUGACAGGAGUCCUGAAAAAUCUUAUUAAUUUUAAAUAACUCAAUUAAUAAAAGUUCUCUUUUUAAACAACGUUUUAUUUAAACAUUAUCGAUGUCUAAGGAGUUCCAGCAAUAUGCCAAAUUUUAAGUCAGUAUGAACUUAUCGUAGACAAAUGUAUUAAGAAAUCAUUUAGCGUUGAAAAUUAUAAGGAAAUCCAAAAGAAAAUUAUUGUUCUCGUGAAUGAAGGUUUUUUUUUUUUAAAUUCUCCUUAUCACAAAAUUUUGCAUAAACCUAGAUAUUCGUUAGUUAGUCAUAAUAGGGGACUUGAUCGUGAUUUGCUUCUUGUCCAAAAACAUACUUUACAUGAAUAACUAUCCUGCCUCGUAAAAUGGUCUGAUUUCAAUAAAGACUUCUCGUAUAGUGCAUUGGAAUUGGAUUUUGAAAAUUAUAUUUAAAAAGGCUACGAUUAAAAAUUGAAUGUUACCAAUUUUGUGAAGUUGUUUUAACUUGUUUUUUCGUUGAUUUUAAUGAUAGAAUCAAAAAAAAACUAUCGAAAUUAAUCAUCUCAACGAGAAAGGAUAGUUUACCCUAUAAAUCGUUUUUUGAGCACAAAAACUAGCCAUGGGCCCCACCUAUACAAACAUUUACCCUGUUUGUAUUUUUUUAUUAAGAAUAUUCAAAACUUUUAUUUGUAAAUAAUAUGAACAAUUUGUAAAAAUCCACAAGCUGGGUCCUUUGAAUGAAAUCCGCAUUUCUUAAAUCCCAUUAAUUGAAAGUGAGUUAAAUGUUCUGAAUAAACAAAAUGUCACGUACCAAUGUGUAUAUAUUUGAAUAAUAAAUAUUGAUUAUCAUCAGUUGAUAUAAAGAGUUGUAAUAAUUUUGUAGGCACCCAAAUUAUUUAAGGUAUAAUUAUUUUCAGUUGCAUAAUCAAUGUUACAAGAUAAAAAAUUCACAACUGGUUCCAUAUUAUAUUUAAAUGUUAUUUUAUGCCAAAUUUAUUUUGUUUCUCAUAAAUAGUUUUGUACAAAAAUUAACAUUUAUACAAAUACUAGUAAAUACUUUGAAUUUUAUUUUAGAUAGAUGAAUCACCUAUCCGUUUUACUUUUAUUUUAAAUAUAAUAUAAUACGUAAUUUUUUGUUAACUUCGGAAACAUAUAAUAGUAUUAAAAUAAUAUCUUUUUUGAGGCUCUAAAGAGUUGCAUUUACUAUAUAUUAUAGAUAACACGGAUAUACAUUUUGUACAUUCGUAAUGUAAGUUAGGUACUUUGUUACGCGUAAUUUUUGAUUAAUAUUUCAUAUUCAAUAUAAAACAACAACCCUUACAUGGUGAAUAAUAUUGUACAGAUAUUUUAGAUAGGCGUAAUAGAUAAAAAUGUGUAUAUGGUACUGUAAUAUAACUACGUUUUGGUACCAAACAUAAUAUUUUACGGGGACAUUUUGUAUCAAAAAUGAAUGUUUAGAAACUAUAAUUAAAAAUACAAAUGCUGGACGUAUUCUGCCAUCUCUAGGCAUUUAUACAUUUUAAAAUUCGAAGUAUAACUAGGAAUCUAUUGGUUUUACUAUGGCGUGUGCGUUUUACGAUUUUUUAGCACGAUGCUUUCUAACCAGAAAUAUUGCUCCAAUCGAAAAAUUACAAGAGAUCGCUUUUGUUCUUUUUAAAAUGUAGCAAUUUAAAGAGAAUGUCAAGUUUUUUUUAUGUCUAAAGUAUUGUUUCAUAACAAUUGGAAAAACAAAAAAAUACGAUUUUGUUUUUUCAAAUUACGGCACAUCGUUUUUAUUAUUUAAAAUUUAUAGGGCUUAUGUUUUCUACAAAUUUAAAAAAAAAUGAAAAAAUAGAAAAACAAUAGAGAACUUUUUUUUAUGAAUUUUUAAUUAGUUUGUACAGUUUGUAUAAAGUAUUUUUUAAAUUAUCUUUGUAGUUUUAUUAAUAAUUAGGAAAAUCCGGAAAAAAACGUUCAAUAAAAACUGAAAAAAUUACGGCGUUAAGAUUUCAUUAAUUUACAUUUUUGCGCUUUCAGAUUUCUACUAGAAAUAUUGCUCUGAUAAAAGAACAAUUAACAAUUGUUUAAUCUAGUUGGUAACCAAUAAAUUCGUAUUUUGUAUAUCUAUGUAGGUUUUUUAAUAAUCAACCCAAACAGAAAGAUACGUAGAAAGAACGGUACAAUUUACGAAAAUAAUUCUUUUAAUAAUUUAAGUUUUGUUUAUUCUUCCCAACUACCCACCUUCAUCAAUAGCCACACCCAUCACCAGUAUCAACUUUUUUUUUCUUACAAUAUAUUUUUUUUUUCUUAUUUAAUUUCUCAUUUGAAUAAUUUAUAUGUAGGAAUCAAUAGUACUUUUUUUUGUUUUUUUUUUUUUAAAAAAACAUACAAAUUAAAACAUAUUUGUUUUACUUUAGUAUUUAUUUUUUUUUCUUUUAAAAAACUUUUGAGAAUCGAGAAAAUAUAUCACAAAUAAUACAGUAACAAUGUGUAUGGAAAAUACGUAUCAUGAUAAUACAUUUUAUUAUAAACGGAUAAACGUUUUAGAGCAUUUUGAUUUAUCGGAAAAUUGGUUUCCGAUGAAAAAAAAAAACUAUACUGUGAAUUUUUCUGUGGUUUCACGUCCUUUAGUUCUGCAUAAUGACAUUUGUUGACAACAGGCGGAGGGUUUGAGUACACACUAACAACAUUGAAUUACGAGCACUAGAAUAACUCGGAUCAGUUAUCACGGUCGUCGGUCUAAGUGGUAUGAGUGAAUUAGCCAUCGUUUUCGUGAAUCGCUUAAACUGCUGUACAAUAGUGCAUGCAACUAUUUUAUCGAAUAUGAAAGUUGGUAAAUAGUUAACCUAUACAACUCCACUUUAACUUGCUUAUUUUUUCGAUAAGAGUCAUAUAUUUCUGUUGUUCAACCAUUUAUUUUUAAUUAUUUGAUCCUAUUCUCUUGCAAUUGUAAUUCUAUUGCUUGCAAACAAUAAUGUUCUCGAUACUAGUUGCUUCUUGAGAUUUAACUCUAUAUUUUUUCGUGGAGAGAGUGUGAGACCUAUACAGUUACCGAAUUCGGUUCGAUUUCAUUAGUAGAUUUCAGAUGUAAUAUUAUAGAUGGGUGGUUUUUUUUUUUUUUAUAUAUCUUUUUUGUGAAAUUUAAAUUCUCUACCCUCAUUUAUAGUUGUAAUUCAAAUUACAAUGGUAUAUUUUCCUUAAUUGUAAUUAUUGUGAGUAACAACCAUAGUAUUAUCGGAAAAUUUAACCUUAUCGAAGACCAAUGAUAACGCAUAUUAAAUGCUGUUAUUAGUUGUUAAUUUUUAGUGUGUAGAUUAAUUUUGUUAAUGAAGGUAAAUCAAGUUUGCUAUAUUAUAAUAUCGUUUUACUACACAUUAGGUAAAACACUGUUUUGGUGAUAAUUAUACUAUAAUAUAUGUUUGAAAAUCUCCGUGGAAAGCUGACCAACAUAAUAAAGAAAACGUUUCUAUUUUAAGUAUAAUAGUUUUACAGGUAAAUUAUCUAUUUAUAAAAUAAUAAUCAUCUAAAUUGUCUGUUUGACAAAUUUAACUAAAAAAGUUUCUUCAAAAAUGUUAUACUACAUUUAAGAAAAUAUUUUCAUUUUAUACGUGACUAUACAUAUUUUAAACAUACGUAAUUUUACUCUAAUCACGUAUAUCGCAUCAUAAUAAUAUUACCAAGAAGCAUAUUAUCGUCUUGAAGAGUGUGCUAAAUAAAUUUAACGUACAAAAGUUUCGUUUUCGUCGAAAAACAAAUCCAAUUUCAAAAGUAGUUAUCGUUUGAUAUCUGACAAUCACCACGUCAUUAGGUUUGACAAUUCCAAUACAACAUCGAAGAAGUUUCGGGCGAGUAUAUACUUGUGAACAUUUUUCAAAAACAUUGUUAAUUUUAUAAAAAUUGUUUUAUCGUCGUACGCUACUUCUUUAAUUUUGAAGUAGAUUCCCAAUCAUUGUACAUUUAUUAAUAACUUAAUACACUUAUAUGCGACGACAAUUCGAUACGAGAAAUAUUUUCCUUUAACUUAUUUUCGACACUGAAUAAUACAAUAAACUCCGACAUUAAAAGCAGAAUAUGUUGUUUUCCGCACAGAAAUAACUAUUAUUUAUCAAUAUCGGGUAGGUAUUUUUUUACGGAUAUAAAAACGUAUAAUAACCUUUUCGUUAAAAUAAGAAGAAUAAAAUAAAAGUCCGAAAACUCCCGGGAAAUUAGAAAAAUGAACGGUUUAAAAUAAUAUCAUUUUUACAAUAUCACUACCUAGCAGGUUUUUAUAAAUAUGCAUUUACUCGUAGCUCCCUACAAGCUCAUAGAUAUUUUAUUGAAUAACUAUUUGUACGCACACAUCAACACAACAAACACACGGGUAAAAUAACAGAAUACAAUACGCUUUUAAAAACAAUAAAUUUAUUUAGGUUCGAUACAAAUUUAUUCUGAAAAUAAUUUUUUUUUUUUUGAAGACAAAAUGCUUUUAUUUUAUGACAUUUUAGAUUCUGUGUAUGUAUAAUUUCUUAAUGUAUAUUGGUUUACUAUGACAAGUAUUUUUUUUUCUGUCUGUGAACAACUUUUCUACCAGAAAAAUUGUUCCAAUCAUCAAUCAAUACUACGUAUCUUUUCUAAUUUUUAUCAAAAUAUUACAUCAAGAAUGAUAUUUUUAAAUUUUUUUUGUUAUUUUCAAAAUAAUUGGAAAAAUUAAUGAUUUGCUUUCAAUUUUUGCAAUAUUUUUUUAGGAUAUUUAUAGGAAUUUUAAUUUUUCGAGUUUGAUUUAAUUUUAUUCUAUUUUAGGUGAAUAAAAUUAGUUGAGUUAAACAGAAAUCCUUGAAAAUUCUAAAAAUCUUUUUAAAAUAAUAUAAUUUUAAUUACAUAAAUUAAAUAAUUCUAUAUGCACUCCACUUCUCGACCUCUCGCCUAAAACAGUUGCACAAUCAUCGGAAGUAUAAGCUAUAAUUAUUAUAAGAAUUUUUAUACCGAAUUGCAAAUAGUUUCAAGUUUGUGUAAUUUCCUAUGGUUUAGAUAAAUUAUAUCAUUAUAGCAAUCGAUAGUAUUUAAUAUUUGAACAAUAAAUAACAAACUUUGAUGCCUACAAUAUUUAUAAAUAUGUUUAAAUAAAUAUUUUUUAAUAAUUUAAUUACAACGACAUAAUGUUAUUUGAUAAAAAGAGUAUUUCGGUUUUGUCGAUUUUGAGAUGAAGGAAAAAAUGAAUAUUAAAUGGUAGUUAAACAACAACAAUAAUACUGCAAAUCAUAAUAAUAUUAAUUAUUAUUAUAAUCAAAUAUCAUUUGAUAUUUGCCCUAGUUAUUUUAGGAUAACAACUACUGUACGUUUACACAAGACACGGUGGUUUAACAGUGAUUUAUGAUAUUAAUAAGUCUGAGUUUAGUCCGAAACGCCCGUGUAAAUUAACUCCCGAGUCAAACGAAGACGGGAAACAUUCUACUCAAACUGUAGUCUUGGCGUAUUAUUACAAUGUUACAGGUACUACUGGAAAUUGAACAAGACUACAAUAAUAAUAAUAAUAAUAUUAUGUUAACAAACUCGGUAAAUAAUAAUAUUUUAUAAACAACCACAUUGGAUUGCCUAUACGAGGCCAGGAAUUUGUACUUCUUUUUUCAUGUGCAUUUAUAUGUAUUUUAUGUCUACAUAAACAAUCUUUUGACCAGCAAAAAACGUUAAGCUCUAAUCAAAAACCUUAUUAGGGGUUUUUUCGUGGAACUUUAAAUUUAGUCAGUGAACAUGUGAUAACGUUGGGAGAAAAAAACGUUGGAAAAAGACAAUUUAUACAUAUAGACAUAUUUAAGCUGCCUAGCUGGGGAUAAAACUGACGAAAAUAUGAAUGUUUGAAAACGUAUUGAAAAAAAAAUUUUUUUUUCAUCGACAAUUUAAAUCCCUAAAAUGUACGCAACGCUUUACAAUGGUCACUGAAACAUUUAAUCAAAACUAUGUUUUCAGUUUUUAAUUUGAUAUUGUAUACAUUGUUAUAUAUUUCUUUUGUAACGUAUUAUAAUUUUUUUUUUUUUUUUGAUUGCAACACGUCGUAUUUUAUCAUUUCACUAUUUCGCAUGUUAUAAUUCUGUUUCAGGUGAGAACCCUGCCGCCAUGCAACACGGACACGGCCGGAGUCUGAACAUGCUGAGCUGCCCGUCCAUAUGGAUACUCAUACCAUCAUUAGUCAUGUUCAUCAACUCAAAUUCGAAUUGA